UGUAGUGAUGACGAAGAGGCAGCCAGCAACGAUAAUCAAACAUCCAGCAUUGAGUACGCUUGCACAUGGGUUUUCAGUCUCAUUGAAAGAAGCUCUCAAGAGUUCGAGUAAAGAACAGCGACUUGAAUCUGAGACGAGUUGAGCUGGGCCUCUCCUCUACGUCAUUUUAUUUACACUUCAGAGAGCGGAGAAGAAGGGAUUAAAAUCAGUGAGCCUUGUUGUCUUUAAAAUCAGCUGGACACAUGAUGACCAUCCGUUGAGAGCGUAAAACAUCGUGGCCUUGCUUGGUGACGUGCUGCUCCCUCUGUCCUUGUCCCUGUCUCCAGCCCUGCCUCCACCCCACCCGAACCAUCACCAUGGAGAUUAAGAAAGACGCCGACACCUUGUCGACUGGCUCCAUGCGUUUGAAGCAGGAGAUCUCCCUGCUCCACGGGGUCUGCCUCAUCGUGGGCAACAUGAUCGGCUCGGGCAUCUUCGUGUCUCCCAAAGGGGUUCUCCUCUACACAGGAUCCUUCGGCCUGUCACUGGUGGUGUGGGCCAUCGGCGGGGUCUUCUCCGUGUUCGGGGCUCUGUGCUACGCCGAGCUGGGAACCACCAUCCACAAGUCUGGGGCCAGUUACGCAUAUAUCCUGGAGUCCUUUGGAGGCUUUCUGGCUUUUAUUAGGCUGUGGACGUCCCUGAUGAUCGUGGAGCCAGCCUGCCAGGCUGUCAUAGCCCUCACCUUCUCUAACUACCUGGUGCAGCCCUUCUACCCCACCUGCACAGCCCCCUACGAUGCUGUGAGACUCAUAGCAGCAGCCAUCAUCGGUCUCCUGACGUGUGUGAACUGUAUGAAGGUGAAGUGGGGGGCCAUCCUCCAGGUGGUCUCUACAGUAGCUAAGGUCCUGGCUCUCAUCGUCAUCAUCAUCGCUGGGAUGGUCAAGCUGGGACAAGGCCAGACGCAGAACUUUGAGGAUUCGUUUAAGGGUUCUAAAGUGAACCCUGGGGACAUGGCCCUGGCUCUGUACGCUGCGCUCUACUCCUAUUCCGGCUGGGACACACUCAACUUCAUCACCGAGGAGAUUAAGAACCCGGAGAGGAACCUUCCGUUGGCCAUAGGGAUCUCAAUGCCCAUCGUCACGGUGAUCUACAUCCUGACUAACGUUGCCUACUACACCGUGAUGAAUGCUGAAACCGUGCUGGCCAGUGAGGCUGUGGCUGUGACGUUUGCUGAUGAGAUGCUGGGCUGGGCUCGGUGGCUGAUCCCCCUGUCAGUGGCCAUCUCCUGUUACGGAGGACUCAACUCCUCCAUCAUCGCUGCCUCCAGGCUGUUCUUCGUGGGCUCCAGGGAGGGUCAUUUACCCAACGUCCUCUGCAUGAUCCACGUCAAGCGCUACACUCCCAUCCCAGCCCUGCUCUUCAACGGUGGCAUGUCUCUGAUCUACCUGUGUGUGAAGGACGUGUUCCAGCUCAUCAACUACUUCAGCUUUAACUACUGGCUGUUCAUCGGUCUCUCCAUCGCCAGCCAGAUCUACCUCCGGGUCAAAGCUCCGGACAUGCACCGGCCCAUCAAGCUCUCCCUCUUCUUCCCCAUAGUGUACUGUCUAUGCAGUGUGUUCCUGGUGGUAGUACCUCUCUACAGUGAUACCAUCAACUCUCUGGUGGGUAUCGGCGUGGCUCUGUCUGGAGCGCCAGUCUACUAUAUCUGUAUCCACCUGCCCCCCUCCUCCAGACCUGCCUUCCUGGGCAGGAUGCUCGACACGAUCUCCCUGAACACCCAGAAGCUGUGUCUGUGCUGUGUGGUCUCACCUGACAUAGACCUGGACAACAUCCCUGAGGAGAAGCUGGAGUAAAGGAAGGAGAGAGACACUAAGCCAUAGGUGGAACAUACAGGCCACCGCCGCCUCCACGACACAAGGCUUAUCGAUGAAGCAGUUUUUUUCUUUUUUCUACCAGGCCUUGACUUUUUAAAAAUUGAUGUGAAUUGAUUUCCUAUGGGACUGCACAGUGAGUGUGUUGUAUUCAGUGCUAUGGUUGGCAUGAGGAAAGCCACUUUCUUGUGCUGGUGACCUGCCACAUGCAAAACAGCACAAUGUAGUUCACUCCUACUUGUUACACCUAUGGACACUGUCAAUUAUGGAAGUUGAACCAUUCAAAAAAAGCAAGAAAUCCAAAUGGAGAUUUCAACAGGACCUCCUACUGACCAUUUAGGACCGCCUACUGACCAUUUAGGACCUCCUACUGACCAUUUAGGACCUCCUACUGACCAUUUAGGACCUCCUACUGACCAUUUAGGACCUCCUACUGACCAUUUAGGACCGCCUACUGACCAUUUAGGACCUCCUACUGACCAUUUAGGACCGCCUACUGACCAUUUAGGACCGCCUACUGACCAUUUAGGACCGCCUACUGACCAAAGAUUGUUUUUGAAGUUAGUGGAGAUUGAAGUGUUUGUUGCUUUGUCUAGAUAUUGAAUGAGUUGGAUAUUAAUGUCAUGAUUUUUAUUUUUUAAAGUUGGGAGUGGUUAAUCGAAGAUACCUGUUCUGACCCAACUUUACUUUCCUUCGGCCAUGUGUGUGUGCUCGCAAAUUGCUUAUCAAUGACCUGUCUUUGACAGUUUUAGGUCCGUACUCUCCUAUACAAGGGUCGCUGAAGGUUAUUCCAUCCACUUAGUGAUGGUGUCAAGUGACUUUGACACAUUUACAUAAAAUGUAAAUGUAAUAUGUACUGUAUGGAAACUGGCAUGGGUUUGAGCCAUUAUGGAGUUGAAGUAAUGUUUAUUGGUGAACCGACUGAAUUAGAACAAAAUGGUUCCUAUUUGGUUCUUUAGUUGUCUCUACCAAGCUAAGCUAUUCUCCCUGAUAACUCGCUCAGUCCCAUGACAAUAGAUUGCUGUUGCUGUUUUGUUGCCUUUUC